CGACACGAACAUUUUGUCGUGACGGACCAAUAUGGCCGCGCUCCGGAGGGCUCUAGCGCGCCUCAGUUUCCUCAGGAGCUCUGCUCGUGUUUUGUUGACUGGCAGAAAAACUGACCUUUGUAAACCGAGCAAAUGGACACGAGUUCCGUUCUCGAGUGCAGCGUCCUUGGCCGUCGGGGGUUUGGUCAGCCUCUGUGCUGUUCCCUUUAAACAGGUGGAACCCCUCUCCCACGACUCCCUGAUCAGAAGAGCAGCCUCUCUGGUAACAGAUAGUUCAAGCACUUUUCUCUCGCAGACCACCUUGGCUCUCAUUGAUGCCAUUACAGAGUACUCAAAGGCUGUGCACACACUCAUUGCCCUUCAAAAACGAUAUUUGGACUCACUGGGAAAACUGACUCAAGCAGCAGAGGAUUCAAUCUGGCAAGUGAUCAUCACCCAGCGUGCAAAGGUUAAUGACAUACAGGAUGAAUGCAAGCGACUGGAGUUGAUGUGGGUCGCAGCAGUGAGUCUGUGCGAAACGGCGGCUGAAGCUGCGUAUGUAUCAGGAGCUGAUCACGCGUCCGUCGUGUUAAGGACAAACAUCCAGGUGGCUCAGUCGCAGAUGGAGGAGACCCGAAAACUCUCCAUGGACGCAGAUAAGAAACUGUCUGAAACUAAAGUGAUGGAGGUUGAAAGGAUGUCUCAGCAUGCUGCCUCAUUAGAAAGCGGGAAUGACGAGGAAGAAAUCCCUGAAGCUUAUCUCAGAGAGGACUGAAAGUAAGCCAAUGGGACUGGCCAGGUCUGAAAACGUGUAAGGGAAUGUUCACCCAUCCAGCCUUCCUGCAAUUGUUUCCACCCAACUGUAGCUUCAAAUAAUGCUGCUUUUGCUCGGCUUCAGAAGUAACAACUAUUUUGCUUUUAUUUUUCACAACAAAUUAUCCACAUAAGCUAUAGUUCUGUGUUGUGUGGUUAUGUGAGCACUCUUUAGCUCCUCCACCUCUGACUGAGACUAUUCCGUACUAUGUGUGUAUUCCAAGAUAUCUUUUACAAUAUCAUCUAUUUGUUUGUUGCUAGAAUCCAUGACAACUGUAAAGAAGGUCUUCUAGUUCUUUUCCUGGAGAUCCAGCAUAUCCUUGUAAAAGAGCUUUUGCCGGUCAAGUAGCUCCUUUAGGGUGUUCAUAGAGACAUACUCCUCAUCCAUGCUAGUUUUAGGCUCCUCAUUUCGUUCCCAUCUUCGUUUUUCAUGAGGCAUGGUUGGAGAGGAAGGUGAUAAGUGGUUGUAGGGGCCUGGUCUUGGCUAGCAGCCACUGGGCUGAUAGUUAUCUGACUGCUUAGAUCACUUCAAUUCACUAUGUUAUCCGUUUUAAGUGUUGUAUUUGAAAUGGUCUCUUUUGUGGAACAAGUAAACAAUUAUGAGCAUAAGUAGCAACAGUUAAGUGAUAAAAUAUUCAGGAUUACCAAGAUUUCAACCAGAUUUCAAGAGUGAGAACUUCCUCAGCGACUUCUUUCCUCCUAAGACCUGCACUUCAGAACUGGGCAGAUAGGAUAGUUCCUAAUGUUGAUCUUUAAAAAAAAAAUUAAACAAAGACACAAAUAGGACCAACAGUGUCAUAGAGCGUAUACGGACAAAGGAAAAAAUGUUAUUAUUAAUAAAUGAUUUUGACUCAAUUGUAAUGAACUGGCUGGUCAUUGCCAUUAGGUCUCCAUCUGUGGUGCCGUGUUUUAACAAGCUGGGCAGUUGUUGGGUGGAUGAGUAGCAGUGAAACGGUGCGUAAAAGAGGGAUCAGUACCAACUGUCCAUGACUGAACCUCUGAUGAAGAAAAUAUUAAGUGUUUGACAGUAAAACUGCCAAUCUCACACGUUAAAGGAGAUGUAUUAUGACCCGACCCCCCCCCCAUUUUUUGGUUAAAAUAACAGAGUUGCAAUACAAAAGCUCCCUUCUAUCCACUUUAUGCUGAUCUCUAAAGAUUUCAUACACGUCUGUCUCUCUGCCACACUUUCCAACAGUUGGUUGACUUAUUUUAUUAACGCUUUUUAUUUAUUUACAAUUAUUUAUUCACAAUUUAUACAAAUAUAAUUGUCCAUGGGGAUUAGUAACAUUUUAUUUAAUUCAGUUCAGUUUUUAACUAUGUUUGUACAACUCUUAUUAUAGCAGCUGAUAUUUUUUCUUAACCGGCGGAGUCAGCUUUUAAAACCUUUGUAAAACUUCUCAAAAUGUGUGGUAAUUUGUGAAAAAUGUUUCCUUUAAGGUCUGACACCUUGAAAGGUCAUACCUUUAGGAGACCGAAAGCAUUUCCAUGGUGCUGCGUGAAACAAAAAUGAUGAAAAUAUGAAGUUUCGUGUUUAUUUUAUGCCUUUUUAGAUAUCACGUUAUUUUCUGUUCAAGUAUUCCCAUAAACAGAAACUUUGACCAUACUUGCAUGACAGUGCUCCUUGGCUUUUUUUGGUUUUUGUAUUCACUCAGCGACUACACCUUCACUGCAGAUUAGCCGUAUCCUCACUCUCCCCGGUGGCGCUUUCAGGCCUGUCGUCACUUCAUCUACAGAAAGCAUCUUUCCACACUGACUCGGAGCAGGAAACGAGGCGGCGUGCCUCUGGGCAACAUUAAGGCCUGGACGAGCUGUUACACUUUUAUGAUCCGCUUUUAAAAUGGGAAGAACUUCAUACUUGCACGUUUUUCUUUCCAGUC